AUGGCGGAGGCGCCUGUCAAUGGCAAUGCAUCCGACGAAGUGACGACUGUCAAGACUUCGAACACGCAACCUACGAGACGAACUGCCGAGACGCUUGCUGAGGGUGCUCAGCCUUCAGUCACUCUGACAGCCGAGGAGUCGCACCUGUCGCACGCUGACGCGGCCCCGAGAUCGAUCCCAAAAGAGCGGAACAAGAAGAAAACGAGAAGCGGCAACGACAUUGGCAUGGCAUUAUGGAAGCUGCUAGUGCAUCGGGAACAGGCAGCUAUGUUCAGGGACAGUGAGGUCUGCGGAGCAUGGUUCCCUGAGCGAGGUCCAAGGGUAGAAGACGAGGUCAUGGAGGCACGCAUCAAGGAGACGAAGUAGGUAGCCGGUGGGAUGGGCAGAUCAAUACCUGAGUAAAUGCAAAAAGCAGUUUGCGCGUAGAGUGCGGGCAAAACCCAUGCUCCAUAUGUAGGUACUCUCAGUUCCUCCAGUACAUGUCUUGUCCCAAUGAUUUCCAUGAACCCGAAAUGAGGGAAAGGAAAAGGGGAAACCGAACCUGCAGCAAGAGACAAAUGG